AUGGACACAGGGCUGGAGAAGAGGAAGGAAAUACUUAGACAUCUUGCAUCCCAACUUCCUCCCCACAAGGCGAACCCUGGCUACUACGACAUCCAGGCCCAGGACUUGAGCAUCUGGCAUGUGCCCAACAAGUCCCCCUUGAAGCACUGGAGAAGCAGAUCCCUGCUGAGGUACCACACCGAAACUGGCUUCCUCAAGGGACUGGGAGGCAAUCUGUUUGGCCUCUACCAGAAAUACCCUGUGAAAUAUGGAAAAGGAACAUGUUGGAAGGACAACGGCCCUGCAAUCCCUGUGGUCUACGAUUUUGGCGAUGCCAAGAAAACGGCGUCUUAUUACUCACCUAAUGGCCAGAAUGAAUUCACUGCGGGAUUUGUUCAGUUCAGGGUAUUUAAUAACGAGAGAGCAGCCAAUGCCUUGUGUGCUGGAAUGAGGGUCACCGGAUGUAACACUGAGCACCACUGCAUCGGCGGAGGAGGGUUCUUCCCGGAAAGCAAUCCCCACCAGUGUGGGGAUUUUUCUGCCUUUGAUGCGAAUGGAUAUGGAACUCAUGUUUAUUUUAGCAACAGCCGGGAGAUAACUGAGGCAGCUGUGCUUCUAUUCUACCGUUGAGAGGGGUGCGGUUCGGGUCCCAGACCUCUUCUCCCAACCGUGGGAUUCCAAGGAUGGAGAGC